UGUGCUUUGGGUUGGUCAGAGUUUCGUUUCGCGUCUCGUCCCUAUUCUUCGUAUCCCCCUCCUGGUUGAAUUUGUUGUUUCAAACUAGAUGCCGCCGAAACGCGGUGGCAUCGCUGGCUAUCUGCGGCCGACAGUGCAAGGUAGCAGCAGCAGCAGCAGCCCAAACUCAAAGGACAAUCCUGCCGCUGCGACCGCCUCGCCCACCGUCCGUCAGACCCGUCGCAGCAGUGGUCUCCUUGGCCUUAGUAGUCAUGGCGAUAGUAGUAGUACUAGUAAUAGCAAUGUUGUGAGCAGUAGUGAUGACGGAUCUGCGUCUGCUGCUGCGGAUGAUCCUGCGGAUGAUGCUGGGAUUCAAAAGCCGACGCCGUUUCAACCGAGUCGCAAACGGCCGCUGUCCGAGGUCGACGCCGACCCAGCAACGCCCAGCCUGCUGCUCCACAAGCGCCCGCUCGUCUUCCAUCCUGCUGCAUUGGAGCCGAUUACCACUACGACGACGACGACGACGACCGAGGUGAGGUCGCUCGCAGACGCACUGAGGCAACCGCCGCCAGCCAAAGCCAAAGGGCGUUCAAAUUCAAACUCGAGCAUCCUCCUGCGCAACGCAGCAUCCACCAGCAGUGCAAUCACAAGUGCCUCUGCUGCAAUGCUGGCGCGAUCAAGUCAAGUCCAGACAACAGAGGUCGAGCACGACAGCGAGGACCAAACGGCUCGUGCUGCCGAGCAACCAGACCUGUCAAAAAACGAGACCACCAGCAGCGCGUCCGUUCAAACGGCUCUGCCGUCCACCUCACCGACCAUGCAAUCCGCCACCGACAAGACACCGAGUCACCAGAGUCAAUUGCAGGAAUCUACGGUGGAAGCGCAAAAUCCACCCUCAUCAUCAUCAUCAUCAUCAUCAUCAUCAUCGGCACCACCACCACUACCAGCCGCCUCUGUCACAAACCCCUCAGAAUGGCGAUCCAUGAAGGACUUUCCGCUCUUCAAUAUCUCGCGACCAAGAUCCUCGCUGUCCCUUUCCAUGGCAUCGUUUGUACCGGCUCAGCCGCAGCCUCCCUCUCCUCCAUCGCCGACGGCUCCGCCUGCCGCCGCCACGAUCGCGACCGAACCAACCGCGCAUGCGGCAGCUCGGCCACCCAUGCCAAGCAGCCCACGCCGUCCUCACUCAUCGCCGGCCAAGUCGCCGCGAUCGACAGAACCUGUUGAAUCCAUCUUUGCGGCGGUGGAUCCGAACAGUCACUCGCCGUCGUCUGCGCGACCUUACAGCAUUCUGCCCCCGUUGCCACUCGACGUUCCGCUCGGGGUUUCGUCGGGCUCGGUGUCGCCGGCGCGACAGUUUGUAUCGGCUCUCUCGUCGCGAGGUCGCGCAAUGGCGUUGCAAGCUGCCGGACAGCCCGUGUCAGCCGCACGCGUUUUGCAGCUUGAUCCUGCGUCUUCUUCUUCUUAUUCUUCUUCUUCCUCCUCUUUCCCAUCUUCCUCGAGCUUGGUAUCGGCCUCUACUGCUGUAUUGGGCCUUCCGCCACGAGCCACGGCCAUUCCGUAUGCUGCCUCCUCGGCCUUCGAUCCAAGCCCGUAUCCGAAUCUGCAGAGCGGCUCAAGCACGGUUUUGAACACUGAAACAAGCUCGUUGAGGGCUAAAACGGCUGUCGAGGAUCCUUACCCUCAGCCAAUUCGAUUGCCCGCGGUAUAUGAAAAGCUUGAGCGAAAAUUUCAGGCUCUCGAGGAUAUUCUGCGAACCCGCACCAUUCGUGACGUUUCUGUUUCGCUUCAAAGCUUGACGCGACACAUGUCGCAGGGCGAUUACAAACUUUCGUUUGGACCCGAGGACUUGGCUCUGAUUAUGGCUCUCAUGCCCAAUGCAUACAGCCUCAAAGUGCUCAAGUCUGACGCGCACAAGCUGCACAAUUGGGCCGAUAGCCAGUACCAAUUGCACGUUCGAUUCCCAGCGGCGCCUGGUGUCCCUUCCACCGAGUGGGCGGGAGAAAAGUCGUCAAUCAUGUCAGACACCACCAAGCUCCAGCGAAUGGAUGCCUUCCAUCAGAACUUGCGCAAAUUGGCUUGGACCACGUACGACACCAAGCUUCGCCAUUUGCUGGGAUACUCGAGCGACAUUAAGUUUGCCGGAACGUUGCACCACGCCAUUCCGUGGGACACCCUGCCACUCGAUAUCGAACCAAUCACACUCCCUACGCCCGAUCUUGGCGUGGUUUCCUCGGUCGCACAGCUGCUCGACAACCCCUCCUUGACGGCAUCGGUCCGGCAAAAACUUCAAACUCUGGCCGACCAUCGAGCAAGUGCAGCGGCUGAACAGCAAUCCAGCGCCGCUGCACCAACAAUGGCUUCUGCGGCGGCACCCGAGCCUUUAGACAAGAGCUUGAAAAACGUAGACAAAGACCUGUUGGCCCGUAUCCAACAAAAGCAGCAAAAGUCUCUCGGCCUUACACUCGACAAGCUGAGCGUGGCUUGGCAGUCUGCUGUGCAAAAUUUGCAACACAGCUUGAGCAACGUGCAGUUUUCGCUAGAGUUUGGCAAGCGCACUGUACCCGUCCCGACCAUCAUGGCGCAGCGGGCCGGAGGCGCAGACGUUGCGUACCGGCAUAAAAUUCUCGAGUUUCUUGUGGCGCUUCGCCCCGACCUGUGCGAGUUAAAGAAGGCUCUGCAGUCUGUGCAGUCUCACGAGUCUCCGCGAAGGCACGAAGUAGAGUUUUUCCGUCUGCUCAAAGCGGACGCCCUCGGCGAACUCCGCACGUUUGUAUCCGACCUCCCUGCAGCUCCCACAGCCGAGCAUGAGCGGCUCAUGCGCGCUGUCGGUCUCUUAGAUUAAGUUAUUCAUCGUGUUUGUGCUUUUGUGAGAUUGUAACAGUACCUUUUGUGUGUCCUCUAAAAUCCACAUUAUCCUCGAA